GGAUAAGAAAUAGAGCAUGUUUGGUUAACACGCAACAAAAGAAUUGGAGAAUCAAUUAAAAAUGUGCCCCUUGAGGCUCAUUCUUAUAUUUCUGUCGGCCACGCUCGCCGGAUUCUUCGUCGUAAGAAAUCUCAAAUGCGGUCCUCCUCCCACCGGCGACGGCGACUGCGCAACCAAUGAAUCCAACAACGGUCUUCAAUCUACUCCCUCCAACUCCAAGGUUCGAUCGGCGAUGAUAUCGGGAUUUUGGACGACCGUGGACAUGGCUAGUGGACGAUAUUUGUGGAGGCAUUUAGCUUCUUCUUCCAAGCGUUUGAAUUGAAUUGUCAUCAUUGUUGUUGUUGUAAUUCAAGCUAAAUAAUAUGCAAAAUUUACAGCAUUUCAAUUGGGUUUUCAAUUUAUAAUGUUGCGGUGAUAUUAUGAUGAUAAUGUUCCGUAAUCAUCUUCGAUUUCUGCUGCCAACAUAAUUACUGUUGAGCUUACAAAUGGCCCGACUCUUGUACAAAAUGAAGAAUUUCAAGUAAACACUAUACGGGUCAUCCAAUUA